AUGAAGAGAGAGAGAGAGAAGAAGAGUGUUGCUGUAAAUAAGCAGCAGCAGAAGGAGAUUGAGAAGCAGAAGCUGGCAGAGGAGGAGGGGAUUGAGGCCUUGUUCAGGUCUCAAAUGUGCUCCAUGAUCCAGAACAUUGAGGAGGCAGCCCUGCUCUCUGAGCAUGUCAAUCUGCUUGCUGCUGGGGUGGAACCUGAGGCAGCAGACCAGGAAAUGUGA